GUUUAUAUUCUUUUCGAAAUGUCGGCCCUUGGGCCUCCACCAUCCUAUGAUUCUGUUAUGCAAGGUGAAGCCUACUCUGGUGUUCCACCGCAUGGCCCUUACCAGCCAGCUCCCCCAUAUACACAGAUUCCUGGUUAUGGCACACAUCCUCAACAACCUUACAACCCAUCAAAUAUUGGCUAUACACCAUAUGGAGUACCGCCACAGCCAACAGCACCACCUAUAGUAGUGACAGGACAACCAUCACAUGUUCAAACCUACCCAACAACAGUUAUUGAUCCAACUGGACAAACAACACAGCAAGUACCAAACCACAGCCGACGACGAAUCAUGGCCAUUCUACUUGUUAUCUUUCUGCCGCUCUGCCUUUUUAUAUUCAUAUACCUUCUUUUUUGAUCCACUCAACAACCUGGACCCAUAUCCUUCGUCCCCAAAGACAUUUUACCGUUUUGUUAUCAGUGAACCUCAUAUAACAGCUUUGUGGCUGUUUUGUUAUUUGCCCUACCCCCUCUCUGUCUGCCUCUCUCUCUCUUUACCCCCUUCUGUUGGUACUCAUACAUCACUACAUUGCCUUGUCUGGUUAUUUAAACUUGUGAAUGUUAUUUUGUGUGACAUGGUGACUAUAAUGUGUAACAUUUAGAAUGAUCUGUGACAGAACACCUCAGACAUUGAACAAUUAUGUUACAAGUCAUUACAAUCUGUUACGCUGUUACAUAUACAAGUCACUAUGUUACAUAUACAGGUCACAAUGAUCUGUUACAAACUUUGUCAUGUUGCAAUUCACUAUGAUUUGCUAAAUACAGUAUCCUGUUACAAGUCACUAAUCGAUAAUACUGUUAGAAGUCACUAUGAUGUUACACAAUGGCAUGUUACAGCUCUAUGAUCCAAUACACACCACAUUGUUUCAAGUUGCAAUGGAUCUGUUAAACUGUCACUAGUUGCUACAAUGUGUUACAUAUACUACGGCUCACCACAGUCUGCUAGAAACUGUAUUAUGUUACAAGUCACAAGUCACUAUGAUCAGUUACAGACCAUGUUAUAUUGCAAGUCACUAUGAUUUGUUGCAAUAUUUUCUGUUACGAGUCAGUGAUCUGUGACACAGUGGCAUAUUACAAGUCAUUAUGACCUGAUAACAUACCAUGUUACAAACUGUUGUGACCUAAUACAUACCAUAUUAUGUUACAAGUUAUUGUGGUUGUGGUCUGGUACAUACCAUGUUACAAAUCACAGCAAUCUAUCUCUACAUCUUGACAUUCAAUAUGAUUAGAAUAUGGUUUAUCUUCUCUGAAUUACUGUUUUGUGACUGAAACAUUACGACCUGUAUGUAAUGAGUAAUAACUUUACACAUGCACACACACACACACACACACACACACAUACACACACACACACACACACACACACACACAGAGAGGAUUAGUUGCAUCAGCAGAUUCUGUUUUCUAACAUGUGUUGUGACAUAACAUUAUAUAACUUGGCCUCACAUCAACAUACAUACACGUGAUUGGCUGUGUGUUUUAGCAUAUGUUGUUGUAACAUAAUGUCAUGUGAUAUUUUGUCCCAUGUCACACACACACAAAAAAAAAAUUGUUAUUUAGCUCCAGAUCAGUCCUGGUUAAACAAAACCUAACCUAUGAUCAAAAGCCUUCCAACUCUGACCAACCUGUAUGAUUUUUUUUUUUUUCAAAGACGCAAGUACAACCAAAACCACAUUAUGCAAUGUGCCCUUCCUUCUUUAAGCUCACAGAGUGUGUGAAUUAAAGGAAGUUUGGCUGCAUAUUUCUAGCAUAUUGAGUAAUGCCUUGCAAGCUACUUCAGGUUACUUGAACUGGAAGACAUUAUUACAUAACAAAUUAAUUAGGAUUGCAUCUGUUUAACACUUUGGUGUUUAAACCAGCUGCAUCUGGCCAAAAUAUUAUUCUACCUGUUUUAUGUUCAAAUUGUCCAGAUCUGGCCUCUCAC